AUGUCAGCCUUCGCAUCCCAUGACGAUCAAGAUACCCAAGACUACUCCUAUGUCUCUCCGGACCACGCAACUACGACCCCUCCCAUGCCCCAAGACAUGAUCUCCGACCCAGAUGCUUCGCACGGCCGCAAUCGCUCCGCAAACCCGCUGCUGAAAAAUGACAACCCACAUGUAUCAGAACUAGAGCAGGAAGUGCUGGACGAGUACUCCCGUCUACUCCGGAACGUUAACCAGUCUCCGAUCUCGCGGGCUCCCCCUGCCUCAAUGACACUUGACGGCCUCCGUCUGCUAGAGCGCAAAACCGCGACCGUGUGCACUCUGCUCAAGGCUAGUGUCUACAGUAUUGUCUUGCAGCAGCAGAUCUGGAACGAGGAUCAAAAGCAGCAGCAGCAGAGCGAGGAGGCACAAUAUGGGGAUCAGACAUACACUGGUGGUGGGUAUGAGGGCGAGGGAGACAUGACAUUCCAGUGA